AUGUCGUUUGAUCGCUUGAACUCGCUAGAGGCGCAGCCUACAACUUUCCGUCGCUCCGACGAUCCCCAAUAUCGCGAUGACCCCGAAUUCCAUCGUUUGACCGAGGGUCUCUCCAACCAACUGUUUACCCUGACCUCCAACAUCACUCGGUUGUCCGAUCAGAUUGCCCUUCUGGGAACGAGGCGAGACACCGAGCGUGUGCGCGAGAGAGUCCACAAGCUUCUGGAGGAUACUCGGGCGGGAUUCAGAGAUGUCGCAGAUGGGAUCAAGAAGGUCCAAACAUGGGAGGAUGUCAGUCCCUCCCAAAAAUGGACUCAACAGAAGCUAUCGUCCGAAUUCAAAGCUACCUUGGAAGAGUUCCAGACCGUUCAGCGUCGUGCCUUGGAGAAGCAACGAGCGUCUGCAGCAGCAGCUCGGACUGCCGUAGACGAAGCGGAGCCUGGCUCCGGGGGUGAUCACCAGCAGCAGCAACAGCAAGAGCAACUGUUGGAGGAACAGCCCCGCCUUGCAAACCAGGAUGAAGUGGACUUCCAGGAGGCCCUCAUUAUCGAGCGCGAGGCUGAGAUCCGCAACAUUGAGCAGAGCGUUGGCGAACUCAAUGAACUGUUCCGGGACGUGGCUCACAUUGUUCAUGAGCAAGGUGGACAGCUCGACAUUAUCAGUGAGAAUGUCGAACGAGUCGGCGAUGACACUCGUGGAGCAAACGUCGAGCUCCGUAGCGCCAGCCGAUACCAGAAGAAUGCGCGCAACAAGGCCUGCUGUCUGCUUGUCAUUCUUGCUGUUAUCCUUACCAUCAUCGUCCUGGCGGCAACCCUGGGAUAG